AUGAAUAACAACACUUUUCCUAAUAGUAUUAGGAGAUAUAUUUUGGAACGCGGCGAUGAAGACAGGGAUAUGAAUAUUGAUGUUGAUAAUGAUAUCGAUAGUUUUGAUAUUGCCAAAUUCGACUAUAGAACAUUAUUUGAUAAAAGUGCGAAUCAAAAUAUCAGCCAUACCCAAAUGGUGUAUAAAUUUUUUCGAAUUGAAAAUAUAUCUGAUGUGGAUACAGUUCCUCAAAAGCACAAGUGGUAUUUUGACGAUCAUCCAAAUGAAUGGAAAAAAUUAUUUAUCUUCUUUUGUGUUAUGCCAUUUACAGAAUAUGAAUUUGAAGGACCUGAUGGAAAUUUAUUAAACCCUGAUACCCUACGUAAGGCCAGUCUGAGCCAAGCUACUGACAACAUUCUAAUUCGGACUUUUUCGGAUAUAGAGUUUGAACCAUUCAACGAGGAAAUUCCGGAAAGAAGAUUAGCAAAUGGCUUGCAAUGUAUUUUGAGAACAGAUCUAUUCUCUAAUACGUUUAGCGAGGAUCAAAGAAAAAAAGUAAUUACAAAUUUGCUCUAUGUUGGUCUUCAAUCAAAGCAUAAACUUGUUAAGCAUAUUCGAUCAAAGGCAGAAUUUACGUAUAGAGAUAAUUUCAAACAAUACUUAUUUAAACCUAUAA